AUGCAAGAUGUGACAAAUGAAUCUGCUCUGAACAGAGUAUCUGUAAUUAGCAGCGCUACUAACCAUUCAAGCAGUAUGCAUACAAAUCCCAGCAACACUCCUACUCAUAGUGGAACAUACUCUUCAGUUAUAACUCCUGCAAUGUCCACUUCACAGUCCCUUAUAGCUGGGGAAGUAGCUCUAACUCCUACCCAUAGUACCUUUACACCUCAGUCGGUCAAUCCUCACAGUGCAAUGACUGCUAUCACUCCUAUGGUUAGUGGAACAGACCAAGCUCGAAGCAGCAUUAAAGUACAAAACUGUGUAUCAACAAUACACUUAGGUUGUGAAUUGAAAUUAUUAGAUAUUUACUGCAGAACUAGAUUCUCUGAAUAUAAUCCAGCAAGGUUUCAUGGUGUAGUAAUGAAAAUCAUUGAUCCGAGAGCUACAGCACUGGUAUUCAGGUCUGGUAAAGUAUUAUGUACAGGACUAAGGAAUGAGCAUGAUUCCUACAUAGCUGCAAGAAAAUUUGCAAGAAUUAUUCAAAAACUGGGUUAUCCUGCAAGAUUUCUAGACUUCAAAAUACAAAAUUUUAUUGCUACGGCCGACUUAAGGUUUCCAAUACGACUAGAGGCACUUCAACAGGCACAUGGGCAGUUUGCCUCUUAUGAGCCUGAAUUGUUUCCUGGUCUAGUGUACAGAAUGGUUCGACCAAGAGUAGUUUUAUUAAUAUUUGUUAAUGGCAAGAUAGUGUUUACAGGUGGAAAAACAAGAGGUGAAAUCAAUGAAGCACUUGAUAUUAUAUAUCCAAUUUUAAGAAGUUACAGGAUAAGUUAG